AUGUCCAUUUCUCAUUGUUUUGCUCCAUUUCUCAUUGUUUUGCUUGAGAAGCUGGCCUCUGGUGAGCUUCUGGAAUUUCUGCGUCGUCUAGGAAUCGAUGCCCAGCUGAAAGAAUGGUGCACAACCUUGUUGAUGAUCCAGGCCGUGCUUACCGAUGCCGAAAACAAGCAAAGAAGUAACGCAGAUGUGCAUGAGCGGCUGAUGGAUCUAGAAUCGUUGGUUUAUAAACUUGAUGCCUUGGUGGAUAAGUUCAUCACUAAAGCUUCACUUGACAAAUCAAGGGAAAAUGAAGGCAGCACCAGUAAGGUAUGGAAGCUUAUCCCCACUUGUCGUACUAAUAUUUCUGUCGAUAAUUCCAUGCUUGAUCGCCGGACUGCUUCCAAGAUUAAAAAUAUUAGUUCCAAGUUGGAAGGUCUAUCAAAAAGGAUUAGUACGCUCAGUUUGGUGGAGAAUGUGAGGGGAAGGCCUUACGGAACAGGAGAAAGAUUCCAAAUAGCUUCGUUUACAGAAGAAUCUGAAGUAGUAUCGGAGGCCUAUUCCCUUUCCUAG